ACAGAAGCCUCUAUGUAACCGAAAGCCUGCAAGUAACGCCAUUUCAUUUCAUCACCUCUGUUACAACCAAAAUGCUUGAGUUCGUGCUGUUCUACAAGAACCCAUUCCUCCACGCAUCACUCUCCAUCACCCUCGCUCUAACCCUAACCUUCUUCCGCAUCCCAAUCCUCUUCCUCUACGCUCUCCAAACCUACAUCCACCCCGAUUCCCAACCUCAAUCCAAUGGCCUCAAAGCCGCCAUUCGCCGCCCCGGCGUCGACGGUUACCAACCCUUGUCUUCCAAAACCUCCACAGAGCUCAGAAAGAGGAGUAAAGCAAAGGACAAGGUCGAUUUCGAUGAGAGUAAGGCUCAGAUCUUCAGGAUAACGCUCGAUCAGAGUCAUUUGCAGUCUCGUCUUUAUAUCGAUCAGUAUUCCGUUGCCUUUACUGUUUCUUUUAUUGCCCUUUUAUCUAUUUUGCUUCAUAGGUUUUUGGAUUGUGAAGAGGGUAAUGGGUUUUUGGCGAAUGGGGUUUUUGUUCCGGUUUUGUUAUCAAUUUUGAGUCUUUAUACUUGGGGGAUGUUGUUUGUUAAGGUUACGUUUGAAAGAUCUGCGUCGAGGAGGUCGGAGAAGCAGUUGAGUGUUGUUUUUGGGGUUUUGGGGGUUUUCUUAGGGUUGCUUUUUGUUCCAGAGGUUGCUUGUUUGGUUUUGGAGUUUGAUUUUGGGGUUUCUGUUGAUGGGGUUUGGAGGGUUUUGUUGUCUGUGUUAAUGGGUUCUCUUGCUAGUUUCUUGUUCAUUCCUGCUGUGAGAAGUGCGAGAUCUUUUUGGCUUGGGACUGAUCAGAUUCGUUGCAAUUUGUCCAUGAUUACUUGUGGAUUUUAUAACCGCGCGAUUCUUUAUGCGAAUCAAAUCUUGCUUAUUUUUGUGGCUAUUCUGUGGAUUACACCUUUGGCUGAAAGUUUUGUAAACAAAAACUAUAAGGGAGAUAGUGCGACGGGUGGAGUUGGUAAUGCUGAGAGAUUGGUGGGGAAUGUAGGAUUCAUGCCGUCUGAUUUCGCUAACUUUAGGCGGUGGUGUUUAUUGGGAUCGAGUUUAUUGCAGAUUGUGGCUUUAAGGCCUAACCUGCAAAUGUAUCUCAAUGAAGCUUUGUUGUCUUGGUACCAAAGACUUCAUGGUAGCAAGGUUCCUGAUUUGGAUUACAGUAGGGCGAAGAUGUUUCUGCAUAAUCAUUACUUGUGCCUUGUGGUUUUGCAAUUUCUUGGCCCGCCUGUGCUGGUGCUUAUCUUUCUUGGCUUGUCUCAGAUUGACGGUCCUUCCUUUGGAAACUUUCCAUUGGCAUUGCCUAGCUCUGCUUUUUUCAAGGAGACUGCAUUGUUUUUGGCUUGGUGGGUGACCUUUCUGCAGGCAAUAUAUUCUUCGGCGAUCCUUUUGCUACACCGGCAUUGUAUUUUGUAUGUUUCUUGAACCUUUGUUUUCUAAAGCACAGUUUUAUGUGGUAAGCCUUUUGUUGUAAGCUGAACACAUUUUUUUAGAAUUUUGACAAGAGUGAGAAGAUGAUUCGAUUUAUA